AUGGUGUCGGCUCGCGGAACCUCUCUCCUCCUCCUUGAGUCCAGAAGCAGCUACACACUAUCUUCAUCUCCCCAGCAUUGUGGCCCCGGAGGCGAGGUGACUCCCCCCCCUCCCCUGCGUCGCGUCGCGCGGCUGCUCCCGCCCCAGCUGGGCCAAAGAUGGAGUGGCGGCGGCGUUUGUCCUCAAGACUUCCUUGGAUCUGGGGGCAAACGCGCCGACAGUUCGGACGCGGGUCUGGCUGGUUUUGCUUCGUUUUAUUGCAUUUUAUUACUAAUUAAAAAGCUUCGCGUUCACCGUCGUCCCAGCCCGCUUUCCUCCUGGCUCUCCCCUCCGCCCCUGCCCCUGGCUCGCGAUCUCCCGAACCCGGCUCCUCCGAAGCCCCUUUCGGGCCCCGCCGCCCCCCUCGGGCCUCCCCGGCCCCCGCCCCCUCCCCUUCGCCCCCACCCAACCGCUCUAGCUUCGGGCUUCGCGGCUCAAAAACAACAGCGGCAGCGCCGCCAGCUCCGCGCUCAGCCACUGCCCCGGCCGGCGGGCGGUACUCGGACCCGCCGCCCUCGGUCUCGCGCGGAGCUGCGGGGAGCAGCGCGCGGGACACUGGGGAGGUGGCACCCGGGCAGCCGUCCCAACGCCCGGCGCCCCGCACCUCGCCUCCCUCGGGCAGGCCCGCGCUCUCCUGCCUCCGCGGUCCCAGGUGCGUCUCGGGCUGGAGAGCGGGCGGAGGAGCAGGUGCCGGAGUCCGGGUGGGAGCCGACUGGAGCCCCUACUGCUGGAGGGUGUCCAGUCUGGAGCCCCCUCACCGCCCUGGAUGGAGAAGGCACUCUCUGCCCGGCUCUGGUGCCCACCGACUGCCACCUCCACUGUUUCCAGCCCUCGCCGGACCUCCACACUGGCCUGCCAUGGGUGCUGCCCCAGCACUGCGCCUCACCUGGAACCACAGGCACCUCCCUGGAUCCUGGGGCUGAUAUUUCAGGCUCCUGUUUGACCCUCUUCCUACCCCAGACCGAGAGGCACUCGCUGUGACCCAGGCAAGGUUACACGACAGAAGGACACAGGUCCUGAUUUCUGGCCCAGCGAGUUCAGAAGCCAUGUGCCAAAGCCUUCCCUCUGCAGCUCAGAGCAGACGCCUCCUGGCCGGGCACCCACACCGACUCCCUGCUUCUGGAGUGGGUUGCAGAGAGGGUCUGGAUGCUUCCAACCAAGACUUCCCUGGAAUGUGAACCAUGCAGCAGAUGCCGAACAAACCCCAGAUGUUCGGAACCGGGGCAGGGGGACACUGUCUUCUGUACACGGGCCGCCUCCUGGGAGGGCCUGCUGAUUCUUCUGCCUGGUCCUGGGGUCCUGGCCUGGGCGCCACCGCUCAGGAACACAGGUGCCUGGGAAUCCCAGCUGGGGACUGCCCCAGGCUUCGGGAGGAGGCGUGUAACCGGGACUUUCGUUUUCUUUCUUUUUCUUUCUUUCUUUUUUUUUUUUUUUUUUAAGAGAUUGAGGCUGUGGGCUUGACCUCCCUCCUUUGAGCCAGGUGGGAGAUGCCCCGGAUUGCCGGCCCAAACUGGCGGCCCAGGAUGCGCAGGAGGCGCCCGGUGACUCCUUCCCCGCGGCGCGCCAAGCGGGCCGAACUCCGCGGCUGAGUCGCGCGGCUCCCGUCACCGCGCGCGGGCUCGGGCUCCGGCCUCGGAGAGCGGUAAACGGAAUCGGUUUCCCACGGUUUCCCCCUUCAUCCCAGGGCCUUUCAAAAGCCGCUCACGAAUUUCGUCGUCCAGUUUGCGCGGAUUCUGAGCCUCGCGUUCACCCAGUGCCGCCUGGAAAGGGGACCCUCGCGCUUCCCGCAUCCCUGGGCCUCCCGCCCGUGCAUACGGGGAGCAACUUCGUUCCCCUGAGCGCCCUGGCCCCGCGACGCAGGCAGAGCUCCGCCCAGUAAAGGUGGCACUGUGGUCGCUCCGGAAUGCUGCCCGCGUGGACGCGGCCGCCGCCUUCUCUGCUCCUGGUUUCGGCUGCGGGCGGGCAGAGCCCUGGAAACAACGAAAACGGCGAGCAGCGUUGCUUUCCGGAUGUCGGAGUCCCGGAAGCCUCUGGGUGCGAGCCGGUCCUCCGCGUCCCCAGACGCCCCAGAGCCGAGCUCACCGCCGGGCCGCCGGUACCGAAACAGACUCCCGCAGUCGGCUUGCCGGCAAUCCACGCCUCGGUUUGCAAAGCUCUCUCCUCCGGACCUUGGUCCCUGCCCUCCCCCUACCCCGACCCCGUUAGUUUGGAAACCAAAUUUCUCCUUUGGUCCCGCUGCAGACGUGACCCCGGAGGAGGAGCUGCGGGGAGAUGCUUCUCCGAGCCUCAGUUUCCCCACCUGUGCAACGGGGCCAUAUGUUCCUGCGCCCCUCCCAGGGUUGAUGUGGGAUUGGCGGGGAGAGAGGACCUGGAAAACGCCCGACGGGGCCCAGUUCUGCCCACCCUUUGGGGCCAGGUUUGCGCCGGUGAGGUUCAGCUGUCGUGCACAGACUAGAAGGGGCCCAGGUUGCGCCUAGCGAUCGCCGCCCUCCCUCCAUCUCCUCCAUCUCCCCCCGCCGCCCUCACCCCGGAACUCCCCUCUCCGCGGGCGCAGUGGUGGAGGUGUGAGGGUCCCUCUUGGCGCCCAGGCGUCUCCGCUCAGCCUCUGGCCGGGGUGUUGCUCGCCCUGGGCGACUCUCUCAGGUUCCUUUGAGGCCCCGCGUGCAGAAAGAUUUUUAAGGCAACAGGCUCCUACUCUCGGGGUGGUACCACCGGACACCCCAGAUCUCGCAAAGGGUGGGUGAUGGGACUGCCCCGGAGGGGACAGGAUUCCAGCUGAGCUCCUAGAAGGGAAUUUACCACCGCCCCCUAUAUGCCGCGGCGGGGGUUGGCCAGCGUGUCUGGGAGGGGUCCUGGGGCAUGACCUUGGGUUUAAAGAUCAGCCUGGGGACUUCCUUGGGUGGUCCAGUGGUUAAGCGUUUCCCUAGCAAUGCAGGGGCGCAGAGCCGAUCCCUGGUCAGCGAGCUAAGAUCCUACAUGCCAAGAUGCAGGGCCAAAAGAUUAAAAUUAAAGAAAAAAAUAUCAGCCUUAAACUAUGAAGCUGAGCCGGUAAGGGAGAGAAUUGAGGGACUGAAUGCCUUCAUUCAGGGGAGGGGCAUGGCCUGCCCAAAUGUCCUGGCUGCUCACUGCUUCUCUGGACAAGACCGUCGGAGGGUAAGGGGUGGGGAAUCAGGUGGCCAGGGGAGACCAAAUGGACACACUUUCCCCAGGUCCCUUUUACCUGCUGCUAAACCAGUCAUUGCAGGAAGCUGUCCUGAACAAGCAAGAAAACAGAAGAGCCCAGGACCGCCCCAGGCAGGGGAAAAAAUUACCCCUCGUGCUGCCUGACCCGAAGCUGAUGGAAUCGGUAGAGGAUUCCUGUCCCCUGGGGCAGGGCCGCCUGCUUCUGCCUCAGGCACCCAAAGCCCACAACCCUGGGGCUGCAGGGAGGGAGCUGGCACUUGCGGUUCUUGGCUGUGCUGCCCCUGACAGGACUUAUCCACCUCCGAGGCAGUGGAGCUCCCUCCUCCUCCGCCCUCGCACAUCCGCAGGAGGUUCCCUAGUGAAGGAAGGACCAGUGGUGGCCAGAGUGGCAGCCUGUGCCAAGUGACAGGGACGCAGCAAUGAGCAAACCACCCAGAUGCCCUGAUGUGCAACGCAUGAUUUGGAAAAGGGAAGACCACUUGCUCAGGGCUGGAGCUGUUUAUCAUCGCUCCAACUUUCACUAAAAAGGAAAAACUAUCACUUAAACAAAGCCAUUGAAAACUCAGCAUCAUAUGUGGAUUUCUUAACAUAAAUAAAUCAUACAAACCAAGAUUUAUGUUCUCCCAAUGAUGUCAUUCGCUGAAGGCUGCCUUCCCAAUCAAAUCAGCGGUUAGUGACUCUCCUUUUGUGUGUAUGUUUUUUGCAAAAUAAGAAAAGCAGCGCUGGCAUCCUGGCUGCUCUCUUUCUCUGCUCCGCCCAGGACAUCAGAAAGGUCUCCCUGCAUCAGCACAACUGGGUCUAAACGGUGAUCACGGAUUCAACACCACAGAUGGCAUUUCAAGCCUUUGUUUUUGAAACGCAGGUUCUAAGUCGAAAGACUGUUAAGGCUUCCUGAAGGAUUUGCUCAGACCCCAGCAGAAGCUGGGGGCCCUGGGGGUCUCUCGGAGCCUAGGAUGAGUUUGGCUGCAGGGUCAUCACGUUGAAAUGAGCGAGGACCGCAACAGUCACCCGUGAUGGGGAGAUGAGAUGUGGUUGCUCGGUAUAGUGGAGGAGUGUCAGUCACAGCAAGGAACGAAGCCGUGAUGUGGACCACAGUGUGCAUGAAGUCGGCGAAUGAAGCCAGUCAGAGCAGGUCAUGUACCAUUCCAUUCCACCUACAUGACAUGUCCAGGAUGGGCAAAUCCACAGAGACAGAAAAGAAGCAAGUGGUUGCCAGGGUAGGGGAGAGGACGUGGCAGGUGACUGCUUCCUUGGCACAGGGUUUCCUCCUGGGAAGAUGAAAAUGUUCUGGAAACAGAUGCCCACUUUAUUUAUUUACUAAAGUCUUCCCUGUUUGUUUGUUUUUAUUGCUGCACCGGGUCUUAGUUGCAGCACAUGGGAUCUUCAUUGCAGUGUGCAGGAUCUUUAGUUGCAGCAUGCAAAGUCUUCGUUGCAGCAUGUAGGAUCUAGGGAUCAAAUCCGGGUCCUCUGUGUUGGGAGAGCAGAGUCUUAGCUACUGGACCACCAGGAACAUCCCAGACAACCCACUUAAAAAUGGAGACUGUCGUGCUAUGUUAAUUGUAUCUCAAUAAAUCUGUUAUUUAAAAAUCA